AUGUACAAUUGCAACGAGCUUUUUGACGAUAUGGAUACGAAGCUUCAGGGCCCUGUUAACAAUGGUGGGGUCAAUAUAAACUGGGAGAAUAAUAUGAUGGACUCCCCCCAGAAUGAUACACACCUGGCUGUUGAUGGCGGACGAUCAGACGGCAGUGAAGGCAGCUUCGACGAAACAGACCAUGACGGCUCGCCGGGCAGAACGCAGGUGAUUCAGUCUGUGGAGGAUGAUAUACACUCUGGCGUACCUUUUGGUGAGGGUUUGAAACGGCUGGAGGAGGAAGCAGCGCCACACCAUCAUCCUACCAAUUACGCCACAUCGUUCUCUAGCGGCAGUUCCAAUCCUCCACGCGGAUUGUUUACUCAAACCUCAGCGAGCUUGCCAGUCCACGAGGCAAACCAACGUUUUACAACUACACGGGAUCACAGUGGCUAUAUUGCAGUUCAUCCUUUCUAUCCUCACUGUCCCGCAUUCGCAGCUCAUCCGCAUGGCAUGGGACAUACCUAUUCCAAUGAGCGUCUGAAUAAUAAUUCAGAUAAUACCAACUUUCUCGUCCCUGACAAAUCGGAAACCUCACCAAACCCUCGCCCAUCUUCUCAUCCAACUAAUGACGGAGAUUCGAUUUCCAUUGGCUCCCGCAAUGAAAGCCCCACUGGUUCUACCGGUCGUCGCAAGAAACCAACCGUCAAGACGAAUUACGCAUCCGCCACUCCUCCUGAUAUGAGUGCAAGACUGGCUGUGUCGACAAGCAGUGAAUCCUCAACUGACGAUGCCUCUGAGACUGACGAAGAAGAUCUGCCCUACUUGACUUUCGUCGAUCCGGUCGUUCCUGACUUUGUACCAAAAAUGUCAGACCUUUUGAACGUGAAGUAUAGCAACGCCGACCAGAACACGAUUUUUGAAACUGCCGAAGCUGCUAAUCGACUUAUUGGUGCUGACCCCGCUCCUAAAGACAACACACUUCCUCGCACCCAAGCGCAGCGUAGGGCUUUCGUCAAGGCCGUGUUCAACGCGGUGAAAAGCACCGAGCAUGCGGAGGACAAUCCGGGUAUGAUUAGACCGUUCGCGGAAGGCAAAUAUUCAGACCGUCGGAUUGAAGUUUUAGCUUGGAAUAUUUUGCAUACUUGUGUCGUCCGCCAUACAACGGGAGCUCUGUUGGCGCCGUUUGACGUGAAGAAAAAGGGGACCACCGAACUGUCCACUUUCGCUGACCGCAUGGCAAAAGUUAUUGAAUGCCUUACGACCCAGAAAACGAUCUGCAAGCAUUUGCUCGACCCUUACUACCUAUUCCAGUUUGUCGACGAUCCGGUCGCAUCUCAAAAGCGUGUCCUUGCGAACAAGAACCUCAAUAAACGUAAAGGCGAUAUCAUGAACGCUGGAAAGAAGAUAAUGAGUAAAUCCAGCAUCGUUGGCUCGCCACAGAGCAAAAUCGACGAUUCUUUCGCCAGCGAAACACCGUCGAGUUUCGGACCUCCCCAUGACAUGACUCCCUCCAGCACCCAGGACGUAAACGAUUCAGAGCAGACCAUCACCCCCGACGGAACCAUAACCGAAAGCAUGAUGGCACGCAGUUUCAACUCUUCAGCUUCUCCUGCGGCUCGUCGCGCCUCGCUUAAUCUGGGACCAGGUGGUACUAUCACUCCUCACCACAUACCACACAAUGCUCAACAGUUGUCUCCGUCUCCUGCUCCCAAGAGUGGCGCUGCUGCAGCUCAUAUCCGCAGGUUCCAUGAACGUCGCUUGUCCAACCUUGCUGCUCAGCGUCGGGCCCAGAACGCUCGUACUCCGAGUCACUCUCGCAACAAUUCGAUCGAUGGUUCUCUGACUAUGAGCUUCUAUGCUCCAGAACAACACCAUAUUAUAGCUGGAAGUACGUCUGGGAGGCUCAGAUCUGAAUCUACGAGUACGACUGCUAGCCACAAGCGUCGCGCGUCUGAAGUGGACGAUGUCGAAGAAAAUGAGUCUCCGAAAAAACGACGCUGA